AGCGCUUUUCUUUAUACAUCGUUUUUCGCAUUUUUCUCCGACAUGUCUGGCACAAGCAGACUACCUCCUCCUGUCGAGGAGAAGCUCCGCGAUAUGGAAUCGCAUUUCAAAGACAGCACCAUGCAGCAACUCGACGCACAUCUGAAGCAAGGCGUGGAGAACUUCCUAAAAACCGGAACAGCUCUGUUUGCGGACAAUUCUGGGGUCCGAAAGGACCUCGUCGACAUUACGUCAAGCAGCUGCCUCGAUCUGAACGAUUUCCCGAAGAUGCUCUUCCACGACGAAGAUACCCCUUGCAACAGCAUCUUCAGCCUGGCACGCGUGUACAGAUUAGCUACGAGUAGACUCCUGAUGCUUGCGUAAUGUUUAGUGCGUAGCUUGUUGGCUUGUUUGUUACCCGGUCUCACAUUUUAGCUAAAGCCUGAAGUCGGACUCGGACAGAGUCUACAAAACUUGCCGCCCAUUGGCGAACGAAGCCUCCAUCUUCUCUUUUCUCCAACAGGCUUACGCAUGACAAUAUGCGUUCGGUGAUGGUCGUGAACGGCCGCGUCGCAAAUGCGGGGUUCGUUAGGGCCGCCAUUGUGUUGGCACUGUGUGGCCGGCAGACUUUCAAGCGGUAUCAUACUGUCGCAGAAAAAAACUGCGACGAGGAGCAAGUGAGGAGCGUGGUUUGGAAUGGCCGCAUGGGUCUAGCUAACGCGGACCUCAUCCGCCACACGCCAGUGGAGUUUUACUCCAUGUGGGCGGAUGCAGAAAAAGGAGCACAAACGCCGAAAGGACAGAGAGCGACACAGGCGCAGGCAUUUACAAAACCUUAGUUGUGACUUACAGUUUUAUCUUUUUCGGAUUUAUUAGGCGUGCUAGGAUCAUUAUCCGCAGAGUAAGCAGAUCUUUUUUGCAGCGUGUUCCGCCUCUGCUUUCGAUAGUCUAUCUUUCUCAUACUUUUGCUUUUAGAGGCCCCGGUGGGUAUAGUAAAAAUAAAACUCACUUCCAACUCGUCCUUCCAGGUCUUGAAAUUUGCAAUGGAGGUGCGCAGGUUCCAGUUUUCGAAGUAUUGUCACCCCACUUCACAGAGGACAAGCGAGUGGGCUGCAGGAGCGCGGAUGCUGGCGGUAAAAGGCUUCAAAGAGACGCUUUUCGUGACCUUCAAUUAAGGCGCAGCUUCAAAAAAAAUAGUUAGUAGGUCUUUAUAUUAAUAUAAGUAUGCCCAUCAUCAACUCGAAAAUGAGCCACAGUCUGCCGCUAUGCCUAUAGCUCCUUGUUUAUAAGUAUGAAGCAAAAGGCAGAACUUGAGCUGUGGCCUCUUUUCUGGCCCGCCUCUAAGACAGCAGAUUCGGCUUGGUCGGAUCGCCUUUCGCAGAUUGCCGAAAAUUAGCGGAGGUCUUUUCUUAAGGUGAUUUUUAUAUUAAUAUAAUAAAUACUUAUCGCUCAACUUUUUCACCAUCGACAUUCAUCUCGCCCUUAUCUUUUUCCAAGUAGAAUCUGAGGCAGGAGAGACGUUCGCUGGCUCUGAAAGGUGUUGCGCUCACUCUAACUCUUAACCAUGACACAGCUGGCGAAGGUUGACCAAGUCCCCGACUUUUUCGAGUGGGUUUGCAAUUCCGGCAUGGACUUGUCGCAGGUAGUAUGGCCUUAUCGACUAGACUCUCCCCAUGACUUCCGCUUUUAGCGUUUCGUAGAGUCAAUUUCUACUUGCUGGCACGAAUAAUCAAUGAAUGAAUCUGGAGUAAACAGUAAUGCGCGUCGCGUGUGUCGGUGCAGCUCGAGUCGCCACCGCACCUAUGUGCCGCUAUUUAUAUACUUAUCGUAUUAUCGGUAGAAACCAAACUUGUUGAGCUGCGGCAGGAGCAGUGAUCGAUGUCAGUGUCGCACUUCCCUUUCUUUUCAGAUCAAGCGAGGCGGGCUACAGUUGAAGGAUUGGGCCGUGUAUUUUUAUGGGUCGACUGUAGUUCUCAGAGUGAUCAUGGGCCGCUUGCCACUACGUGCCACUAGCUCUGGCAAGCGGCAUAGCGUUUAUUCAUGCCAUGGGUAAUCUAUCGAAAGUAAUUGGCCACUUUCUCUAAUUUCUCUUGCGACGGGGGGAGCACACCGAUGAGAUUCGACGAGCGUGGACAGCAGAAGAGCCUGACGCGGCUCAGGCGACCCUCUCUCUGGAUUCGUUGGCGCUUGGGAAAGCUAUCAAGCAGUCGGACACCACGUCUGGCACAGUGGAACGAGCCGCCUCGUUGCUGCAGCAAUUUGAAAAGGGUGACCAGCUUCCUCGCUUGUGCUCCCACAUGCAAAGUUAAGGCAUGCGCUAGAAGGUGUGCUAAGCAUGGCUACAGCAGACUCAGUGGCUGCUGGCUUUGAUUUAGGUUGACUGUUCUAGAUCUAGUGUAGGCGUCGCCCAUCCUAGACGCGCAGGCAGUUGGUCAUAAGUAAAAGCAUCGUGAUUCUUUGUUCAUUUAUAAUAUGGGCACUCUCUCGCCUUUUCGUGCAGGCUCUAAAAGAAAACCAAGGAGACGCAGAGUCUCGUAUUCCAGGUGUUCCGGGAGAACAUACAGAAGUGGGCGGAUAUGAAGGUGCAAAAGAGGCAGGAGGAGCAGGCGCGCAAGGAUGAGCAAGAGCGAAUCGCGAAAGAAGAAGAAGCGCUUCGACAGGAACGGGACGAAAAAAAUGCGCUUCAAAAGGAGGAGGUGGAGGCACUCAAAAAAGCGCAAGCGCAGCAGGAGGCUGAUUCAGUAGCCGCUGAAAAGGCAAGGGUCGAGGCAGAAGAAGCAGCGAAGAAGAAGCGGGACGAGUGGUUGGAGAGGGACCCACUGGGCAAGCGCGCAGAGGAGCUGUGUGACGAGCGCGUCACCUUCGUCGUCAUUCCGACGGACUAUGCGAUUGAGGACAUCGAAGGCGCCCUCCGUGACCACGAUGUGCGGGCAUCUCGCUCAUUCGGUAUCAUCGACGCGAACAUGAUGAGCCUGAAGUCGUACUAUUCUACUAAAUAACUUAGACUAUAUUACUCUGGGUAGCUUAGCGGUAGGAUGCAUGCUGCCCUUAAUCAUAAGCAGCUUCGUAGGUAACUAAGGCUAGUGUGACCUACCAACUGCUUCUGAGAUGGUGUUGAUGAGCUUGGAUUUGAUUCGCCACUGCUUCGGCGCGGGUAGAUAUGUGGCCGCUUCUAAAGACAAUGAUGAUAGUGCCCCUUUGCAACACUGGACUGCCUUGGCAGCCAGUUGAAAAGCAAAAACUUCAAGGGCUUCGCUCUGAUCAUGAUGAUGAAGGCCCUUUCCGUGUGUCGCCAGCGAGCGUCAGUUUUUGACGCUUGGCAUCACGAUGAGAAAACACGACAGUUAGGCCUCUGAUAAAUUGGGAAGCAGUCUCAUAUCCUUCAGCGAGUGCUUAGUUACGUUGCUUUCACAUAUCACUCAGCUUUGUUCCCGUUCUGCUUGGCGGCAAGACAGUGCAUGACAGGAAAGGCCCCUGACGUGCGUACGUAGGUAGUGCAGUGCCUGUAAGUAAGUGUCUGGGCGUGGCGACCUGCUGUUCCCAUGAUGGUGUAGAGUCCUUCUUGCGCCGUUGCGCGUCGGCAUCUUGUCCUCGUGAUGCUUGGCGUGGCGUAGACGUGGAGGAUGGCGCCUAUUGAGUGACGCCGACCACACUAGGCUUCAUCUAUUACUGCAUUCGGCUUUCUCGUCGUGCAUGCCGAUAGAUGCUAGCACUUCUAGCGCGCAGCGGCCAUUUUUAUCAGGAUCCGCGCGCUGUUUUUCUUAUAUUAUUAGAGUAUCGGCAUGUCACCCGGGAGUGCGUGUCGAAGUAGAAGUAGCCUCCACUCCCUCGGGCUAUUUUAUCUAACAGUGCAAUGCUAGAGUAGACCUUGCUUCACAUCUUGCUUAAAUCAUCAGUGCGCAUCUAUCUUUUACGCAUAUCAAGGUCAACACCGGUGCAACCUGGGGCGCCGAUUUUGGACGCGGAAGCAGAGAAGUUUUUCCUCGCGGCAGCAAAGUACUCUGAAGCCUUUCAGGGCAGCCUAAUCAUGCCGGGACAUUCAGUGAAGUACCAGGCGAAUUAUGGCCGCGCUUACUUUACGCUUUCCAUCACCUCCCCUUCCCGCGUACUUAAUGUGGCCUCCUGCCUCCGGUGGGUGGUCGGGUCGGGGUCCAGUUGGUGAUGGAAAGCGGGCGCCUAUAAGUCGUGCGCAACCAAGCGUCCAAGGGCUUCUUCAAUAUUGCUGUCAAAUACACAGUUCAGCCGGACAAUGCUGGACGUGAGUAUGACGCCGGAGAUGCGCCACGAUAUCAACCCGCGCACCUUCGUAUUCGACCACCGAAAAGGCCGAAGAGACCCUCAAAAAAAGCUAAAUCUGAGGAGCAGGGCGCAGAGGCAGACGCAGAAGACCCAGAUGCAGGAGAAGCGGAUGAUGGGCAGCAGGAUGAGGACGGGGGGAGUGAUGUUGAAUUCGCUGAAUCGAUUUCCAAGAGGGUGCUCAAGUUAAGACUACGCUGUCUGUCAGGUAUCUAUUUGCUCGCAAGCCGAGAGGGGUAAGUUACUAGUAGUCUUAUCUUAUGAGUAAUUCUAUGCGUCAGGGUAUUGCGUCAGGGCAUUGCACUUGAGUGGUAAUAUGAACUCGAGGAAGAACUUAUAAGUAACGCGCUGCUGCUGUAAGAGUAGUCUGAGUCUUACUUGCGGAGGAACUUAUCACGAGUUGCAAGAGAAGAGUAUGCUAUUAUUUAUAAAAGUGCGCAAGUAUGUAUGAUCUAUGUCAGUAAGAUUUAUUUUGAUUCGAGUAAGAGCUUAUAAGAAUAGGAGUGUUGUAGUACUUGUAGAGGAGUACAAUUAUAAUACUAACGAAGUCGGGCGCUGUCGUGAUCUUUUGCUUUGCUUUGCUCUCUAAUCAACGACGUAAACAAGCAUCUCCGAGGUGGUUUGUUGCCGGUGCCGAUCGCGAGCUGCAAAGAGCCAGGACACCUGGAGAUCCCACCGCUGGAGGUCCUUGUCUCUUACAAUUAUCCGCACGCGAAAGCAGCACUUGCUGAGGAGGAGACGGCCACCCGAACGCGCUAUAUCGACCCGGAACAUUUGGUGCCACAACCGCAAGGCGGGGCCAUUGAUGAACAAGAGGAUGAACAAGAGGAGGCGCAGGAAGAGUCACAACCCGACAAGGGCAAGGGGAAAGGGAAGGCGAAAACUAAAAAAAAGAUUAUGGAAAGAGUUUGCUCGAGCUUGAGACUGAACAUUCGUUGUUUAUACGUAGACGAAAGCGAGCGCUGUCUACUAGUUGAUCGUAGUGAAUGUUUAAAAAGAGUUCUCGUCUUGCGGCAGGAUUGCUCCAUCACUCCAGCUUCUUUCUAAUGAUAGACAGGGCCCGAGAUUUCAGCCGCCGAAGGGAUCGCCAUUUCUAGGCCACCCGAACUUGGAAUUUUAUGGGCAGCAGCUCUCGGCCAUCUUGGAAGCCUAUGGUGUCGCUUUGGAUGUCGUCCUUUUUCGAGCUUGCCCAGCGGCCUGCGCUGCCUUUGCGAGUAGGCACCGAAAGACGAAGAUCAUAGGCGCUCCUUUGUUUUAG